CUUUUCUCCCACCACAAUGAGGUCCUAAGAUGGCGGUGGCUGCGGCGGUUGGCGCCUGAUAGCUAAUGUAGAGAAGGCGGCCAUUGGGCUCUAGGCAGUCGGGGAAGUUGGGGGCCUCCCAGCUGCGGUCUUCGAAGAAGAAUCGCUGCGGGUGGCGGCUCCAGGGGGGCCGACCAACGCGCCGCCCUUGGCAGGAGGGGCGACUUCGUUUACAGAGAAUUGAUUAUUAAAGCCAACAUGGCCACAGGAGGAGGCCCUUUUGAAGAAGUCAUGAAUGAUCAGGAUUUACCAAACUGGAGUGGUGAGAAUGUGGAUGACCGACUCAACAAUAUGGAGUGGGGUGGCCAACAGAAGAAAGCUGAUAGAUCAUCAGAAAAGAAUAAGAAAAAGUUUGGUGUAGCAAGUGAUAAAAGAGUAACUAAUGAUAUUUCUCCGGAGUCAUCACCAGGAAUUGGAAGGCGAAGAGCAAAGAUUCCACAUACAUUUCCGUAUAGUAGAUAUAUGACUCAGAUGUCUGUCCCAGAACAGGCAGAAUUAGAGAAACUUAAACAGCGGAUAAACUUCAGUGAUUUAGAUCAGAGAAGCAUUGGAAGUGAUUCUCAAGGUAGAGCAACAGCUGCUAACAACAAACGCCAGCUUAGUGAAAACCGAAAGCCCUUCAACUUUUUGCCUAUGCAGAUUAAUACCAACAAGAGCAAAGAUGCUGCUGCAAAAAGAGAAAUUCCUGGAUCAGCACAAUGUAAAGAGCUGUUUGCUUCUGCUUUAAGUAAUGAUCUUUUGCAAAACUGUCAAGUCUCUGAAGAAGAUGGGCGAGGAGAGCCUGCAAUGGAGAGCAGCCAGAUUGUAAGCAGGCUUGUUCAAAUUCGUGACUAUAUUACUAAAGCUAGUUCCAUGCGAGAAGAUCUUGUAGAGAAAAAUGAAAGAUCUGCUAAUGUUGAACGUCUUACUCAUCUAAUAGAUCACCUUAAAGAACAAGAAAAGUCAUACAUGAAAUUUCUCCAGAAAACCCUUGCUAGAGAAAAUGAGGAGGAGGAUGUUCGGACUAUAGAUUCAGCUGUGGGAUCUGGUUGUGUAGCUGAGAGCACAUUGCUAAACAUAGAUGUGCAGUCUGAGGCUUCAGAUACCACGGCCAGAGAUCCUCAUCAGGAGCCUAUGGAAGAGACAGAAAAUUUGAAGAAACAACAUGAUUUAUUAAAAAGAAUGUUACAGCAGCAGGAACAGCUGCGAGCACUUCAGGGACGACAAGCUGCUCUUCUAGCUCUGCAGCAUAAAGCAGAGCAAGCUAUAGCUGUAAUGGAUGAUUCUGAAAAGGUUGCAGGGACAACUGGCCAGCAUACUGUACCGUGCAGACAGACAGCUCGCUCUCCUUUGCAUCAGAGAGUACCCUUAAGAGUUGUUACUGAAACUACAGGAAGCUUAUCUGGAGUCAGUAUCACAUCUGAGCUAAAUGAAGAAUUGAAUGAUUUAAUACAGCGUUUUCAUAAUCAGCUCCGAGAUUCUCAGCCCCCAGCUGUUCCAGACAAUCGAAGACAAGCAGAAAGUCUUUCAUUAACUAGAGAGGUUUCCCAGAGCAGAAAUCCAGCAAUUUCUGAACAUUUACCUGAUGAGAAAGUCCAACUUUUUAGCAAAAUGAGAGUAUUACAGGAAAAGAAGCAAAAAAUGGAUAGAUUACUUGGAGAACUUCAUACUCUUCGAGAUCAGCAUCUGAACAAUUCAUCGUUUGUGCCUUCUUCAACUUCUCCCCAAAGGAGUGGGGAUAAGAGAAGUACAACGUCAGCUGUCUCUGCUCCUGUGGGCUUUGCACCAGUUGUCAGUGGAGAGCCCAAUAGCCUUAUAUCACCUGUUCCUUGUCCUGCCACUUCUCUGGUUUCUCAGAAUGAGAGUGAAAAUGAAGGCCAUCCAAAUCCUGCUGAAAAACUACAGAAGUUAAAUGAAGUUCAGAAGAGAUUGAAUGAACUAAGAGAAUUAGUUCAUUAUUAUGAACAGACAUCAGAUAUGAUGACAGAUGCUGUAAAUGAAAAUACAAAAGAGGAAGAAACUGAAGAGUCAGAAUAUGAGUCUGAGCAUGAAAAUUCUGAACCUGUUACUAACAUUCGAAAUCCACAAGUAGCUUCAACUUGGAAUGAAGUAAAUAGUAACAGUAAUACGCAGUGUGUUUCUAAUAAUAGAGAGGGGAGAUCAGUUAAUUCUAACUGUGAAAUUAACAACAGAUCUGCCACCAACAUCAGGGCUCUAAACAUGCCUCCAUUAGACUGUCGAUAUAAUAGAGGAGAACAAGAAAUGCAUAUAGCACAAGGUGAAGAUGAUGAAGAGGAGGAAGAAGAAGUGGAAGAGGAGGGUGUCAGUGGGGCUUCAUUAUCUAGUCAUAGGAGCAGUCUGGUUGAUGAGGCACCAGAAGAUGAAGAAUUUGAACAGAAGAUUAGUAGACUUAUGGCUGCAAAAGAGAAACUUAAACAACUACAAGAACUUGUUGCUAUGGUACAGGAUGAUGAUGCAGCUCAAGUGGUUAUCUCUGCCAGUACAUCAAAUUUGGGUGAUUUCUAUGGAGCAGAAGAAGAUACCAAACAAAAUUCAAAUAAUGGAAGAGAAAAUUAUAAUAAAACACAGAAAGAUACUGGAGUAAAUGAAAAGGCAAGAGAGAAAUUUUAUGAGGCUAAACUACAGCAGCAACAGAGAGAGCUAAAACAAUUGCAGGAGGAAAGAAAGAAACUGAUUGAAAUUCAAGAGAAAAUUCAAGCAGUGCAAAAGGCAUGUCCUGACCUUCAGCUAUCAGCCACUAGUAUGGGUAGUUGUCCCACAAAAAAUUAUCUACCAGCAAUUACUUCGACCCCAACUGUUAAUGAAAAUGAGACCAGUACAAGCAAAUCUGUUAUUGAGCCUGAAGAUUCUGCAGUAGUUGAUAAUGAGUUGUGGUCAGACAUGCGAAGACAUGAAAUGUUAAGGGAAGAACUGCGACAGAGAAGAAAGCAACUUGAAGCUCUAAUGGCUGAACAUCAAAGGAGGCAAGGUCUAGCUGAGACUUCAUCUCCAUUGGCCAUAUCAUUGAGAAGUGAUGGAUCUGAAAAUCUAUGUACUCCUCAGCAAAGUAGAACAGAAAAAACGAUGGCAACUUGGGGAGGUUCGACUCAGUGUGCAUUAGAUGAAGAAGGAGUUGAAGAUGGCUACCUUUCUGAAGGAAUUGUUCGGACAGAUGAAGAAGAGGAAGAAGAGCAAGAUGCCAGUUCCAAUGAUAACUUUCCUAUAUAUCAUCCUAGUAUGAGUCAUAACUCCUAUAAUGUAAAAGAAACUAAAAAUAGGUGGAAGAACAAUCGCCCUGUUUCAGCAAAUGGAAAUUAUCGGCCUUUAGCCAAGACAAGGCAACAGAAUAUCAGCAUGCAACGACAAGAAAACCUUCGGUGGGUGUCAGAGCUCUCUUACAUAGAGGAGAAAGAACAGUGGCAAGAACAAAUUAAUCAGCUAAAAAAACAGCUUGAUUUCAGUGUUAAUAUUUGUCAGACUUUGAUGCAAGACCAGCAGACUCUUUCUUGUUUGCUGCAAACUCUUCUGACAGGUCCUUACAGUGUUAUGCCGAGCAAUGUUGCCUCUCCUCAAGUACACCUUAUAAUGCACCAACUGAAUCAGUGCUAUACACAGCUAACAUGGCAACAGAAUAAUGUUCAGAGGUUAAAACAAAUGCUAAAUGAACUUAUGCACCAACAAAAUCAACAGCCAGAAAAACAUAGAAGCAAAGAAAGAGGCAGUAGUGCAUCACAUCCUUCUUCUCCCAAUUUAUUUUGUCCUUUCAGCUUUCCAACACAGCCUGUAAAUCUGUUUAAUCUGCCUGGAUUUACUAACUUUUCAUCAUUUGCACCAGGAAUGAAUUUCAGCCCUUUAUUUCCUUCAAAUUUUGGAGAUUUUUCUCAGAAUAUUUCUACACCUGCUGAACAGCAGCAACCAUUAGCCCAAAAUCCUUCAGGGAAAACAGAUUAUAUGGCUUUUCCAAAACCCUUUGAAAGCAAUUCUUCUAUUGGAGCAGAAAAGCAAAGGAAUCAAAAACAGUCUGAAGAGGAAGUAGAAAACACUAAGACACCAUGGUUAUAUGACCAAGAUGGGGAAGUAGAAAAACCAUUUUUCAAGACUGGAUUUGCGGCAUCUGUAGAGAAAACUGCAAAUGGUAACCGCAAAAACCAACCAGAUACAGGCAGGAGAAGACGCCAGUUUGAUGAAGAAUCAUUAGAAAGCUUUAGUAGUAUGCCUGAUCCCGUAGAUCCAACAACAGUAACUAAAACAUUUAAAACAAGAAAAGCAUCUGCACAGGCUAGCCUGGCAUCUAAAGACAAAACUCCUAAAUCAAAGAGCAAGAAGAGGAAUUCUACUCAGCAGAAAGGCAGAGUUAAAAAUAUUGGGUAUGAAAGUGCCAGUAUGUCUAGCACAUGUGAACCUUGUAAAAGUAGGAACAGACAUUCAGCCCAAACUGAAGAGCCUGUUCAAGCAAAAGUAUUCAGCAGAAAGAAUCAUGAACAGCUGGAAAAAAUAAUAAAAUAUAGUAGGUCUACAGAAAUUUCUUCAGAAACCGGCAGUGAUUUUUCCAUGUUCGAAGCUUUACGGGAUACAAUUUAUUCUGAAGUAGCUACAUUAAUUUCUCAAAAUGAGUCUCGUCCACAUUUUCUUAUUGAACUCUUCCAUGAGCUUCAGUUACUGAGUACAGACUACUUGAGACAGAGAGCUUUAUAUGCUUUGCAGGAUAUAGUAUCCAGACAUAUUUCUGAAAGUGAUGAAAAAGAAGGAGAAAACAUAAAGUCAGUGCAUUCUGGCACUUGGGUAGCAUCAAACUCAGAACUUACUCCAAGCGAAAGCCUUGUUACCACUGAUGAUGAAACUUUUGAGAAGAACUUUGAAAGGGAAACACAUAAAAUAAGUGAACAAAAUGAUGCUGAUAAUGUGAGUGUCAUGUCUGUAUCUUCAAAUUUUGAGCCUUUUGCAACAGAUGAUCUAGGUAACACUGUGAUUCACUUGGAUCAAGCCUUAGCCAGAAUGAGAGAAUAUGAACGUAUGAAGACUGAGACUGAAAGUAACUCAAAUAUGAGAUGUACCUACAGGGUUAUUGAGGAUGAAGAUGGUGCUGCUGCUGCUGCUGCUACUACAAUUAAUAAUAUAGAAGAAACUCCCAUUAUUGAAAAUCAUACUUCACAACAACCUCUAAGUGAAAUUUCUACCGUCCCAUGUCCUAGAAUUGAUACUCAACAACUGGACCGCCAAAUUAAAGCAAUUAUGAAAGAAGUCAUUCCUUUUUUGAAGGAGCACAUGGAUGAAGUUUGUUCUUCUCAACUUCUCACUUCAGUACGACGAAUGGUUUUGACUCUUACCCAGCAGAAUGAUGAAAGCAAAGAGUUUGUAAAGUUCUUUCAUAAACAACUAGGAAGUAUAUUACAGGAUUCACUGGCAAAAUUUGCAGGAAGAAAACUGAAAGACUGUGGAGAAGAUCUUCUUGUUGAGAUAUCUGAAGUGUUGUUUAAUGAAUUGGCUUUCUUCAAGCUCAUGCAAGAUUUGGAUAAUAAUAGUAUAACUGUUAAACAAAGAUGCAAAAGGAAAAUUGAAGCAUCUGGAGUGAUACAAUCUUAUGCCAAAGAGGCCAAAAGGAUUCUUGAAGGAGAUCAUGGCUCACCUGCUGGAGAGAUUGAUGAUGAAGAUAAAGACAAAGAUGAGACUGAAACAGUUAAGCAGACUCAAACUUCUGAGACAUAUGCUGCCAAAGAGCCCCAAAAUAUAAAAUCUGAUGUUUCUGAUCAAGAGGAAGAUGAAGAAAGUGAAAGAUGUCCAGUGUCCAUUAAUCUGUCUAAAGCUGAAAGUCAGGCUUUAACUAAUUAUGGAAGCGGAGAAGAUGAGAAUGAGGAUGAAGAAAUGGAAGAAUUUGAAGAAAGCCCUGUUGAUGUCCAGACUUCACUUCAGGCUAACACUGAAACUACAGAAGAAAAUGAACAUGAUGAUCAGGUUCAACAACAUGAUUUUGAAAAAACUGCAGAAAGCACAAAUGUCCCAUCAGACCAAGAACAUACUAAUAAGAAUGAUCAAGACAGCUCUCCUGUGAAACCCUCUUAUCUCAAUAUCUUGGAAAAUGAGCAACCUUUAUGUAGUGCUACUCAUCAGGACUCAGUUACUACUACUGAUUCAGCUAAACAGCCUGAUCCUUUGCCAUUACCUUUAACUGAAAUUGAAACCUUAGUGCCUAGAGUCAAAGAAGUUAAAUCUGCUCAGGAAACUCCCGAGAGCUCUUUGGCUGGAAGUCCUGAUACCGAAUCUCCAGUGUUAGUGAAUGACUAUGAAGCAGAAUCUGGUAACAUAAGUCAAAAGUCUGAUGAGGAAGACUUUGUGAAAGUUGACGAUUUACCACUCAAACUGACAAUAUAUUCAGAGGCAGAUCUAAGGAAGAAAAUGGUAGAAGAAGAACAGAAAAACCAUUUAUCUGGUGAAAUAUGUGAAAUGCAGACUGAAGAAUUAGCUGGAAAUUCUCAGAUAUUGAAAGAACCUGAAACAGUGGGAGCCCAGAGUAUAUGAAAUGUCUUCAGAGACUCAUCUCUCUUUACAUAGUCAGUACAUAUAUACAAAUGACACUAAAUAAACAUCUGUUUGAUCUGUAUAAAAUGUAAAUUAGUUUGACACUGCAUUUUUGAUGAGUGUGCUAAGUUCUGCCCAUGGCAGUUUAAAACAUCAAAAUCCGAAUCCUGGACAGAUUCAAACCUUUGACACACUAUGGGAUUUUUCUUUUUCUUUUCUUUUUGUUUAUGGCCUUGAUUCUGCACCCCUUCCCUUAUUGUGAUUUGGCAACAUUAAAUUUAAAAUGUAGUUUUAAUAAAGUUUGAACUUAUCUGUAAAGUAUCUUUUUUGGAAAUUUUGUUGAAUUCUAUACAGCAAAUUGCUGUUUUAUGUAACUUUAGGCUAUUCAGAAACAACAGUGAUUAAAAAUUAGAGGAAUAUGUUAUUUAUUAUAAAGUCCAGCCUUAGGCCAGUCUUCUAAAUAAUGCCAGUAUUGCUACUAUUGGAGCUAAUGUUCUUUUAGUUACCUGCUGGUCCUAUAGAAGAACAGAGCAGAUUAUAAAGGUAACCAGGAUAUCUGUGGUCAUAGAAUAUAGUUCAUAACCCAAAUUAUAUAAAAAGUUUAGAAUAUAUGUCAUUAAUUCCUAGAACUUAACAAAAAUUAUCUAUUAGAUUAAUAUUUUCCAGAGUUGAAAAUCCUGUCUAUAUUGCCUCAGUCUAAAAAUUAAAAAACAAGCUUCAUAUGGUUAAGGAGUAUUUCUGUAUAGACAAGUAACAUUCUGAUUAAAAUGAAAAACCAAAUUCUUUCAAGUAGAACUAAAUAGAACCAAAUUUAUGUAACAGAGCACUAAGGUUUUUGUAUGUCUUUGGACAGACCUUCCUUUUGAGAUGAUCAUUUAAAACCAAAGUCUAGUGGUUGAUUUUGUGUGUAGUGAGAGAGAAGCAAGUUCACAGGUGAAUUAUUAAAGUACUGAGUAAAGAAAGUCUGUGACUUCAUCACUAUAAACCAACUUUUAAAAAGUGCUUUCCCGUUUUAUUCUACAUAUACUCAGCAUAGGCUGAGUUUGGUAUAACAGAGUCACUAAACAAUGACAAAGUCAGUCUUACAGAUUAAAGUAAUGAUGUGAAGAAUUAGUCCAAUGAUUCUUUUAAAUUUUUAAAUAAUUGUCCAAAAUACCCCAUAAGCAAACAGCUUAUUUGGUAUUCCUUUAAAAUUCUCAUGUGCUUGAUACCUUAGCAUAGCUAUAAUGGCCUGUCCAAUGGAACUGGACAUUAUGUAAUGUCUGGGAACAUCAAAUGAUGAUUUCCCUCUGAGGACUUUUAUUGUAUUAUUACUUCCAAUUUAAAUUAAGACUAGCUUUCUAACUUCAUUAAAACUUAUUUGGAAAAUACGAACCUAGAAUCAAGGAUUCUUACCCAGUUAGACUGACUUCAGGAACAUUAGAACAAUAACUUACAUUACAUGUCUAAGCAAGUUCUGUAUUUUCUAGACUAAGCAAAAAAUUUCAUUGUGAUUUUCAAGCCAAGCCUUACAUAUUGCAGCUCUCGCUCUCAUUCUGCAUGCUUAGCUACAGUGGAAGAAUUAUAUUUAAUAUAUUAGCUCUUACCAUGGUACCUAUGAACCUUAUCAGACUAGUUUAUUUGGCUUAUGUUAUAGCUACUAUUUAGUUUAUUUUCAUAUUUUUAUAGAUAAUUUACUUUUAAAAUAUCCAGGGAUUGAGAACAGAUAAUGUGCUUAAUAUGUUUUCCCUGGUAACUAUUGCUCAAAAGUUAUUAAAUUAUAUAUUCCUGUUUGUCUUAAUUUGUAAGUUGAAACUUUGGUUAGUGAUAGAGAGAGAGAAAAAAUCCCAAUACAUAAGGUAGGACUCCAUGUAGGUAGAGGUAAUGCUAAAAUAAUGAACUACUCAGACUGUGGAGGUACUCUGUAUUUUGUAACAUUCACUUUGGGUAAAUGCUUUUUCACUGUUAAUAAAUGUAUAUCCUACAUGCA